AUGGAUAAAGGAUGUUGUGGGGAUGGGGUGGCUGAAGGAUGUUAUGGGGAUGGGGUGGCUGAAGGAUGUUGUGGGGAGGCUGAAGGAUGUUAUGGGGUGGCUGAAGGAUGUUAUGGAAGUGGGGUGGAUGAAGGAUGUUGUGGGGAUGAGGUGAACGACGUUUUGGGAUGUUGUGGGGGUGGGGUGGAUGAAGGAUGUCGUGGAAGUGGGGUGGAUGAAGGAUGUUGUGGGGAUGGGGUGGCUGAAGGAUGUUAUGGGGAUGGGGUGGCUGAAGGAUGUUGUGGGGUUGAGGUUGCUGAAGGAUGUUUUGGGGGUGGGGUGGAUGAAAAAUGUUAUGGGGAUGGGGUGGCUGAAGGAUGUUGA